GUCUCGAUAAUUUUUAACAUAUUAAUCGGAUUGUGUAAUGACGUGUCGCGUAUUGCAUUCUAUUGCGGAGAUGCAAGCCUGCGAAUUUCACUCUUUUUCGAUUCGCAUUAGUUAAUCGCGUAAAUUUGACAUUUGACACGUCAAGGGUCUACUUCACCUACACGUCAACCUCGAAACUAUUGACAUUUUUCUACGUAAAGAACGUUAUGAUGAUAAUGCACAAAAGAGAAAAAGGAGCAACUAAAAAAACUACACCUAAAGAUGAACUCAAGACACGAGUGCGAUUGAAACCAAAAACAUCAUCCAGUAAUGAAGGCAAUGUGGAAAUGUUGAAAAAAUUAAAUUCUAAUUUUUCAAGGAAGUUUCAAACUGUCGAGCAUAAAGGAGAUGGAGAUAGAGGAUCUAAAUUAUUACAGAAUACCCUAACAAGAACACAAUUGACUAAAAAUAUUACCAAGUCGUCCAUCAGACCUUCUCAAGUUAAAACCGUGAAACAAGUAUCUUCAACAUCAAAAUCUAGCUCGCUUAAUACUUCAUCCAAUUAUUUAUUAACGAAAAACAGUACAACAUCAAAAAUAAGACCCGAAAAUGCUACUAAGUUGAGCGAUGAUAGUAUAGUCAAGAAGAGAAAAUCUAGAGAACAAGUAGGAUAUUCAGAGAAGAGAGGUCAGAGUACAAUAUAUAAACCAAAAACAAACGUGAGCAAGCUCAAUACUAAAUCUUCCGAAAAGAUUACAUGUCGAACGUCAAAAGAUGAGGAAAAAUCGCAAAAUCCUCCUGUAUCUGAUCAAACUAAGCCACGAAUAUCAUCUUCUGAACGUAGGAAAUCCAGAACACUAAGUCCAAGCGAGAUAAGAAUGUUGCACAGUGCUGUAAACAGACUAAAUGUUGAGGAGAAAACAGAGCAGAAAAAGAACAUGGUAACAGUCGGUCCUGAUAUGCAAGCCGAUUCGGAUGACGCGAAUUAUGAUUACGAAGACGAUUUUGAAGAUUACGAGUCGGACUUUCAAGAAUGCACUGACAGUGAUACUCCUUCAAUUAGCGAAAAAUCAGAUAGCAGUGGAAGCAAUUCUCACUUAGAACCUAUCGAAUUACACACCCGAGAGAAGAGAAAUACAGAACAGGUAAAGGUCGAAGAGGAACGUAUGCUUGAUUCGGGACAUUACGAUCUCACAGAAGCAAAAAAACGAGCAGCGCGAGUAGAAUCUAUGCUUUUAACACAAACCAACACACCGCCAUUACCUGAAUUAAGAGAACCGGUUGGCAAAACGUUUAGCGACGACAGACCGGCGGAAAAUAAAUCUUUGCCAUUGUCUACCGAUGAGGGCUUUGAGGAUGAUCGCUCGGGGGACUUUACUAGAUCUCCGCCACUGUCGCAAAUACCAUUAAUUGAUUUUCGUAAAUCAAAAGAAAAUCGACAUGAAGAGAACGCUUUACGAAAGCCUCGAAACAGAGGCGAAGAAUUGUUGGAAAUGAUAAAACUGGACUUUAUGGAAUGGUCAUUAUUAGAAUGCAAUCCUAUACCCUAUGAUGAAUUUAUAAAAAAUUACGGAAAAUUAAAUACACAACAAGUUUUUACUCAAACUGGCGACGAUAAUAUAGACAUUGAGAUACAAACGGAUGAGGUAUCCUGUAAAAACAAAUGGACACAGUUUCCCAUAACUUGCAGAAAAGAGCUGCGUGAUAAACAAGAUAUAAACUUAUUUAAAAUGGAACAAGUUGGUGUUGGAAGUGAUUUAGAUGAAAUAAACGAUAUAAAUUUUUUGCCACCGCCGUCGUAUGAUAUAUUGCAGUUAAACGAGUUUCUUAAUUGCGCGGGCGCAGUUGUGUUGUCGUUGCUGGAAGAAAAAGAACACGGUGGUACCGUUUUUCAAAACGACGUAGGUGAAUUAUCGUUCAGUGACGGUUUCGUGGAGCUCUCUGUGAAUACAGUAACAUUCUUAGCUACCAGACCGGUUAAGAUUGUACAUUAUUCGAGUGUCUUGAACAAAGUUUUGCUCACUAUACAUGCUUCUGUGGAAGAGGAAAUAGAAACCAUCAGCAAACAGGAUUAUAUCACUGAUUGUUGCAUCGGAUGCGUUUGGAAUAUUUGCGAACCCUCGAUGCCAAAAAAAUUAUUCUACUCACAAUGUCCUAUUACCGCUUGUUGUUUUCACUUAACAAAUUGCAAUAUAAUAUUCGCCGGACUUGAAGAUGGAUCAUUAAGUUUAUGGGAUCUAAAAGAAGACGAAAUGUGGCAUCAGAAAAUUACUGAUAAAGCUAACGAGUUAGAUUGGGUGAUUAGAACGCCUACUUACACGACAACGGCGGAGCUGGAUGCACAUAUGUCGCAAGUUAUUACAAUACGUGUGGUGUCUAAGAUUGAAACUGCCUUCGCUAAAGAAAGAAGCAACAAGUUUGUCCCUAUUCAGAUAUGUAGUUUAGACGAGGAUGGUUGCCUUAUAAUAUGGAGUAUUGUGCAUAACAUGGGUAUAAAUAUCGAUGACUUGGGACUCUCUCACUGGGGUGACAUAAGACUCAUAAAAAAUCAGAAAAUGUUUCUAAUGAAAAAAGAUGUUGAAACAAUGAACAUGUUUGUCGAUAUGCAUGUAGACAGUGCGAAUACAAAUAACAUUUAUAUCGCGACUAACAGUACUAAUAUCUUACAUGCUACUUAUAUCAGUAAUAGAACUAAUCCACUAACAUACAAACCAGCUGAGAUAAGUGAAUGCGGUACGUCAACUUGCAUUGAAGUUUGUCCUUUCGGUCAAUCUUUUUUCUGGGUUGGCUGUAAUGAUGGAACGAUUCGACUUCAUUAUUUAAAUGUGGAGAGACCUAUCGUGCAACUGAAAAACGAACAGUAUAUGGAUGAGAUUAAAGCCUUGCAAUGGUCGAAAACAAAACCAUUGACUGUAUUUGCUUUGGACAACAAAUCUCGAGUUCAUGUGUGGGAUUUAAGUAAGAGUGAUAUCUGUCCUACGUAUACAUUCUCUAUGAGAAAGUGGGGAAAGAUAAGUAGCAUGCAACUGUCCCCUUGCAUAACAGAUCAAGAUAUGACGAAUCAAUAUCUAGCUGUUGGUAUGGAAUCUGGCUAUGUGGAAGUGCACAAGUUGAAAAAAGGCUUUUACAAUUCAAAGAACGAGGAAUUUUUGCAAGAACUGGACAUAUUUUCGCGAUACGUUUCAGUAUCUUAAGUAAAAAUAGAUUGUCAACAAAAAGAAUUGCAUAGACACUAAUAGUUUUCCAAGAAUUACAAUUGUUAUUUUGAGGAAUUUGAAAAAUUUACAUAGGUAUAGAAAGAUUUACAGAUUUUAUAUUUUUUGUGUAUACAUGCACUUACAAUUAUUACAAUACAUAAUUGAGAUACUAGUCAUAGGAAAUAAUACUUAAAAACGAGUUAAAAUUCAUGCACUUAUUGAUAAGGGAUAUAAGUUUUAUAUUAUCCUGAAAUUAUAACUCAUAAGAUUUUUGCAAAAUAACAGUGAUAAUCUUUGAUAACUUUGAAUAAUAUUGGAUUUUUUAAAUGUACAAUCUAGUUGUUACAAAUACAUCUAAGUUGUUAAAAUUUUA